GUAAUUACCAAAAUGCCAUCCAAACUCCCUCAAAGUUUUAUUCCUCUCCUUUUGCACACAUACAAUACAAUACACGAGAGUAAGCUGUAAGCAGUACUACCAUUGAAAUCCGCCAUUAAAGAAGAAAAUUUCUUUACGAGUAUUUUUGUUCUUUUUUUGAUUUUGUUUUCUAAUUUUGGAUAUGGGUCGGUGAAUAUUUUAUCCCCUGUUUCUUCAAAAAGCUGGUUUUUCUAUUCCAGGAUUUUUUAUUUAAAAAAAAAUAGCAAUAUGGAAAAAGGAUGUAAUACAAGUUGUUGUAGCAUCAGCAGUAGUGGGUUUAGCGUUUCAGAUAAGAAAUCAUCACCAAACAGUUUAUUCGUCACUAAUUCCACCAAGAUUUGCAUGUCGGCUGGUACUCACGGCGGCGGCGCUGGUGAAAAUAUUGCCCGCAGUAAAAACCCUUUUGGCGCUUAUACCCCUUUUGCUCACUCCACCAUCCCCUCAUACAACAAGUACCCUGCAGGUGGUGGUUCAAGUAUGGAGGAGGGGUAUCAUCCAUUCACAAGUGUGCAAUGGAAAGAACUGGAAAGACAAGCCAUGAUAUACAAGUACAUGAUUUCAUCCGUACCCGUCCCUCUCGAUCUUCUCUUCCCGCCUCCUAUUAUUGUUAAUUCAUCACCACCACCACCACCUAGUAGUUAUUCGAAAACCGGAGAUCUGGAGCCCGGCCGGUGCAAGAGAACCGACGGCAAGAAGUGGCGGUGCUCCAGAGAUGUGGCCCCCACUCAAAAGUACUGCGACCGCCACCUCCACCGCGGCCGCCCCCGUUCAAGAAAGCCUGUGGAAACCACUUCUACUACUACUACUCUACCCCAUAAACAUAAUAAUAAUAAUAUUAUUCUUAAUCCCCACAAGAAAAUACGCACAACUCAUCAUCAGAUUGUUUCUGCAAAUCCAAAUGCAAAUGAACCCCUUUUGUUCUUCAACCCUCCUAAAUCCGAUCUCACUAAUAGGGGUCUGGUGUUAAACGACGUCGUUGCGGAAGGAAAAGAGGGGUUUUCUGAUUACAGACCUAUCUUCCAUGAAGAUUAUUCUCGUGCGUUCUGUAAUCAGAAUUUCAGCCCACCUGAAAUUGAAGUGCCGAAUAAUGGAUUCAUCGAUGCCUGGUCUUCAAUUGAUGAUUACAAUCUGAAUAGCAGCAGCAACGGCGGCGGCGGCGGAGAUCUGUCGUCGCCGACUUCGCUGAAUCUGUCGAUCGGAAGUAGGGUAAAGGAGUCGGUAUGGUUCGCAGGUGGGGGCCCACUCGGAGAGGCGCUUUCGUCGCCGGCGGCGACCACUGUUUCUUCGCCGUCGGGUGUUCUUCAGAGGACGAUGUUUUCGCACUCCGAUGGCGGCAGUGUUUGCAAUAGCCCUACUGCUUUUGCUGCAGAUGCUCCACUCUACUGGCUCAAUUAGAUCUCCCUUUCAUUUUCAUUUAUUUUAUUAUUAUUAUUAUUAAUUUAAAUAUCGGUUUUUUUAAAUUUCAUUUCUGGGGA